AUGGCAGUAGAUCAGUUUAGCUUCCUUUACGUUUCACAGGCAAUUUGGAAGGAUGCAGAGAUCGUCAGUAUGUCAGCAACAGCUGGCAACGAAACCAACUUUGGCCCGGCCCGUACCGUACGCAAGGGGAUGCUGCGCACCGUGAGCCAGCUCUACAAGGAGUCUCUAAUUCGUUUAAUGUCAGUUCUGCAGAACACAAACCCCAAUUUCGUUCGUUGCAUCAUUCCCAAUCACGAGAAGAAGGCCGGUCGGAUCGACGUACCAUUGGUUCUUGAUCAGCUUAAGUGCAAUGGUGUUCUCGAGGGAAUCCGAAUCUGCCGACAGGGCUUCCCUUCACGAGUACCCUUCCAAGAAUUUCGCCAACGAUAUGAAAUUCUCACACCCGACAUCAUCUCUAAGGGCUACAUGGACGGACGAAAGGCUGCCGAGCUAAUGGUUCAGCAUCUCGAAUUGAGUCCAGAGCUGUACCGCAUUGGCCAAAGCAAGAUUUUCUUCAAGGCUGGUGUUCUUGCCCAAUUGGAAGAGGAUCGUGACCUCCGUUUGACGGCAAUCAUGAUCAAUUUUCAGGCCCACUGCCGCUGUUACCUUGCCAAGAAGGCCGUUCAGCAACGCAUUCAGGAUAUUCAAGCCAUUCGUAUCAUUCAGCGUAACUGCGUUGCGUAUUUGAAGCUACGCAAUUGGUCUUGGUGGCGCCUCUUCACUAAGGUUCGCCCACUUCUCAGCGUCACUCGGCAGGAGGAAAUUGUAGCUGCUAAGGAGGAAGAGCUGCGAAACGUUCAAGAUGCCCUCAAUAAGACAUCUGCUGCUCUUACGGAAACUGGUGCAGCCUACGAAGAGGCACAGAAGAAACUUGUUGCGCUGGAAUCAGAACUGCAAAUCGAACACGAGUCAUUCAUUGCAGCGGAUGAACGCGAGAGGAAACUGAGAAUCGACUAUCAGGCCGCUUUGGAUGAAAUAACCGACCUUGAAACUCGUGAAAACGAGCUCAAACUCCUGACCUCUGAACUUGAGGCCCAGAAAAAGACCCUUUCUGAUCAGGUUACUGACAUUUCUGAUCAACUGGAAGCUGAGGAACAACACCGGCAAAAAUUGCAACUGGAGAAGGGUUCUCUCGAACAAACCGUCAAGGCGCUCAACGAGGACCAUGCCGCGCUUGAGGAUAAAUACUCCAAGUUGGAAAAAGAAAAGAAAUCGAUCGAAUCUCGCCUGGCCGAUUUGUCAAGUCACUUGACCGACGAAGAAGAGAAGUCCAAGCAGCUAAUGAAACUCAAAUCGAAGUAUGAGUCAAGCAUCUCGGAACUCGAGGAAAAGUUAUCCAAAGAACAGGCCUCGCGACAGGACCUAGAACGCGCAAAGCGACGGCUUGAGGCAGAGGUCUCAGAAAAGGCCGAACAAGGAGCUGAUCACUCUCGUCUGAUUGAUGAGUUGAAGCAGCAGUUGGCAAAUCUCGAGGUUGAACUCGCUAAGACUCAACAGAAACUAGAUGAAGAAUCUAUGGCAAAAACUGUUGCCAUGAAACAGCAUCGUGAGGCCGAGUCCACUGUUCAGGAGCUUCGAGAUGAUCUUGAUGCCGAAAAGGCGGCCCGUGACCGUGCGGAAAACCAAAAGCGGGACCUGAAGGAGGAGCUGGAGGCCCUUCGUCUCGAGCUCAUCGACUCUGGCACCAAUUCCGAGGCCCAGGCCGAGGCCCUGCGUAAACACGAGGCCGAGCUUUCCAACGCUCGAAAACAACUUGAAACCGAGGCAGCAACCCACGAAGCUGCUGUGGCUGAGUUACGGAAGAAACACAACGCCACCGUGGAGCAAAUAACAGAGCAACUUGAGGCCAUGAAGCGGGUCAAGGUGGCUAUGGAAACCUCUAAAUCCCAACUCGAGGCCGGCAAUGCCGACCUCACAAAUCAGCUCAACACCGCGUUGGCUGCUAAGGCAGAGUCGGAGAAAAAACGCCGCGCUAUUGAGCAGAAGUUGAAUGACAAAUACGUCAAGUUAGAGGAGUCUGAUCGCCUCAGGGCGGAUAUUGAGGAGCGCUUGAAUAAGACCUUGACCGAGUUGGAGGCAGCUAACAAGGCUCUUGAAACCUCCGAAGCAGAGGUUGCCAAACUGAGUCGAUCGGAGGGUAACAACGUCUCUAUGAUUGCCGAACUCAAACAGAAUUUGGAGGACGAGACGCGUGCCAAAUUGGCCCUACAGACUCGCUUGAGACAGGCAGAAUCAGAACGAGAAGAGGUGAAAGACAAAUUGGAUGAAGAGGAGCAGAAUAAACAAGCUCUUGAGAAGCAUGUUCAAAUGCUACAACAGCAGAUGGAUGACGUAAAGGCAAAAGUUGCUGAAGACGCCAAACAAAUUGAGGCCCUUGAGGACACUCGUAAGAAACUUCAGCGUGAUAAAGACGAAUUGACUAAUCGCAAUGAGGAGCUUUCAUCGCAGGUCGAAAAGUUGGAGAAAUCUCGUCGGAAAUUGCAAGGAGAGCUUGAGGAUGCCAAUCACGCCCUAGCCGCUCAACGCUCGGAUCAGGUAAACAGUGAGCGCCGUCUGAAGAAGCUGGAGGCCUCGCUGGCUGACGCCACGGCCAACGCCAAGCGCCUCCAGGAGGAGAAAGACCAGGCCGACCGGGACAUGCGCGAGCGCGAGACCCUCCUCUUGACUCGCGACCGCGAGCUAGAGGAUCUUCAGGACCGCCUCGAAGACUCUGAACGACUACGCUCCAACCUCAGCCGGGAGUUGGAAGAAUUAGUCUCACAUACCGACGAUACGGGAAAGAGCAAAAUCGAAUUAGAGCAGGCCAACUUCCAGUUGGAGAAUCAGCUCAAGGAACUAAAGCAACAAUUUGAGGAGCUUGAAGAUGAUCAAGCUCAGCUUGCCAUGGAGAAGCAACGUGCUGAUCUUCAAAUCAAUGCUCUCAAAACUCAAUUAGAACGUGAACUGGCAAGUCGUAGUGAAGGUUUUGAGGAACAGCGUCGGCAGUUGUUGAAACAGCUCCGAGAAGCCAAAGAGGAGUUGGAGGACGAAAAGAAGCAGCGCACGAGUGCUCUGCUUAUCCGUAAGAAACUUGAUGGUGACCUUGCAGAAGCCAAUCAGCGAGCUGAUGCCGCAGAGAGGCAGCGAGAGGAGACAGGGAAGCAGCUGAAGCGUCUUCAGGGUGUCAGCAUAGAACUCAAACGUGACCUCGAUGCAUCGCUGAAGGCGCGUGAUGAGGCCGUUACGGCGAUGCGCGACCUCGAAAAGCGGAUCCGUGUCGCGGAAGCUGAGCGCGCUCAGGCUCUGGAGGACCUGGCUUCCGCGGAGCGCAUUUGCCGGACUGCCAAGUCGGAGCGAGAUGAGGCUCUUGAGGAAUCCAAUGCUGCUCUUAACGCAAAGAAUACUCUGAUGGAGGAGAAGAAGCGCCUCGAAUCAGCGAUGUUGCAUCGGGACGAGGAACUCGAGGAGGCUCAGACUGCCCGGGAGGAAGCAGAAGAGCGUUACAAGCGUACUCUCGGACUGCUUGAACAGGCUCAGGUCGACUUGGGUUUGGAGAGAACCAAUGCGCAGCGCAUCGAGGCUCAACGUGCCACCUUUGAGAAACAGGCAAUCUACCUUGUUUGUGAGAAAUCUAACAUCACGUCUUUGCUCCAGAUCAAAGAACUGCGGGAAAAGUUGGCGGAGCAGGAAAGGGAUAGUGGCAAGCGACUGAAGUUGCAAGUUGCGGCCAUGGAGGAGCGGAUGGUUGCGAUGGAUGAACAAUUGGAAAAUGAGAACAAGGAGCGCCAGAAUGCAAAUCGCGCUGCCCGUCGGUUGGACAAACGCUUGAAGGAGGUAUUGCUGCAGGUAAGCACUUUAUUAGUAACAUAA